ACCCUGCGAGCGCCUGCAGCUGUAGGCAGCGAGCUGCGAGAGGACACGGAGCUCACAAAAACCCCUGUGCCCCCAUUCCUCAGCGUCCCCCAGCAUGGAAAGCCUGAGCAGCAGCAAGCCCAGGCUCUGUCCCCUGCUCCCGCCUCAGCUGAAGCCGUACAGCUGUUGCCCGAGCAGAGAAAGGGAUUGGAUUUCACAGGCUGUGUAAUCUGCGACAGUGCUCUCUGCCUUGGGGAUAGCAACGAGCCUCACCCAGGCUCAGCCAUCCCCUUUCUGCCCGUCAGGAACGCCCCGCUCGACAUAGAAGGAAAAUUGUUUGCUGAAUUUCUGCACAGCCCUCCUUCCAGUUGCUGGAGAGAGAGGGGGAGUGAGAAAGAGAGAGAGUUUAAGGCAGGCUCUGCACUGGUGUUCUGGGCUAUUUCAACUUCAGGGCAACUUUAGAGAACUUCAGUUAUUUUUGGUUCUGGACGACAGCUGAGACCGGCUGAGCCCCCGGGAGAUGCUGAUGCCGAUGCAGAUGCAGAGGAUGAAGAUUCUGUUAAUGAAGUGGCAGUAGAAGACAUUCGUCCAAGGCCACAAGGAUCCUCUCCAGUUUAUGAGUAUCCCAUAGAAGAGGACUAUUUAAAGCUUCAAGAGGAAAACAAAAAACAUUCUACAGACAAGUCAAAACAGAGUCAUCCACAGGAGACAAUGGAAGUGACCCUGAAAACAGAAGUGGAAGCUGGUGCUAGUGGUUUUAGUGUGAAAGGUGGAGGAAAUGAAGGAAUAUUUAUUAAAAAAGUACUUAAGGAAUCUCCUGCUUCAAAAAUAUUUAGUCUUAGAGAAGGUGAUCAGCUUCUAAGUGCCACAAUAUUUUUUGAUAAUAUCAAAUAUGAAGAUGCACUCAAGAUUCUCCAAUACUCUGAGCCAUACAGAGUCCAAUUCAGCCUCAAAAGAAAAAUUGCUGUGCAAGAAGAUCUAGAACACUCUACAGCUCAGCACAAAAAGGAAAGGAUAGGCCAGGAAAAAGAACUCAGUGACAGCAUUCCUGAAGAAACACCCCAUGUUUCAGGAAAAGACAUUUCAGAAGAAGACAGGGAAACAUUAAUUGUAAGCCAAAGGCUGGGAAGAAGUAAGAGACCUAAAAAAGAUAGAUUAUCAUGGCCGAAAUUUCAAACAAUCAAAAAUAAAAAGAUAUUGAGGCACAGAAGAUCUCAUAGUACAUCAGAUGCAUAUGAGCCUGCUAUACAGGAUAUUUCCCCUACAAGCACAGACACAGAGUCUCAAUUUCCACAAGAAGUCCAUACGAAAGAGAAGAAAGGAAGCCAAAGGAAGCUGAAGUUCCCUAGCAUUGGAUUCAGAAUGCACAGAUCCAAACCAGAACCCCAAGAGAAGCAAAAAAAAGAAAUAAAAACUACACUGAUAUCUGAAAGAGAAAACAUACAUAAAGAUGAUAUAAGCCUGGAAAAUCCUGAAAUCUUAACUCUUGAAUACACCACAUCUUCUGCUUAUGAAAUGAAAGCAGGGGAGAGAUAUGAAACUUUAACAAAAGACUUAAAAGAGAUGAAAAAUGGCAUUCCGUCUCAAGUGAAACAAUGCCCUGAGGUUGAAAUAAGCAUUAAAAAAGAAAAAGACAAGGAAGCAACAUCAAAAUUUAGUGUACCUGAAGUACCAGACAUAACAACAGAGAUACCAAAGCCCAGCUUAGAAACAGCUGAUCUGAAAGUAAGCCCAACUAAAAAAUCACCCCAAGCCUCAUCAAAAUCCCGGAAAAAGAAACAGAAAGGAACAGCAGACAAAAAAGAUGAAGAAAGCGGAAUUAACACAGACUUGAAGGGUCACACAGCUGAAGGGUCUGUACAGGUAAAAGGCCUAGAAAUAGGUACUGCUAAAGCAGAAUUACAGACAUCUGACGCACUGGAAAGAAGAGAAAAUCAAGCAGAAGAGGACAUACAGAUAGUAAAUAUUCAGAAAAUAAAUUAUGGAAUUUCAAUGCCCAAAAGAAAAGACAAAGAGACUGAUGCCACCAAACAGGGAGGUGAUGAUCCACAGUCAGUACCAGACAAAAUAGCUGAUAUGACUUCAGAGGACAGCAAGAAUUUCAGUGUGAAAUCUCUUAUGCCAGAUGCAGAAUCAGAAGUGUCUACUUGGAAAAUACAAAUGCCAUCAUUCAAAGUUGCCAAAACACCAAAAGCUGAUAUGAAAAUAGCAAGAGAAGAAAGCAGAGAGGACAGAGAAGAUAGGGUAAAAAGGGAAGGAAUAGAGGAAGACGGCAUGCCCACAAAUGAUAAAGCUUUAAAUGUAGAAAUUGGAACGAGGACAGGAGAAAAAGAUAUAGACGGGAAAGAAAGCAAAUUCAGAUUGCCAAAGUUAAAAUUCCCUACCUUUACCUGGUCAACUACAAAGGAAGAAACAGCCCAAGCUGAAGCACAGCUAAGUGAAAGAGAAGUAAAACUGAAAACCCUAGAAUAUGCAGAAGGGCUUCAGGUCAGUGGAACAACAGAAGAAGUAACAGUUCCAACUGCUGAAAUAAUGGUAGGCAUAUCCAAAGUACAACUAGAUCAGGACGACAUAAAACAAACGAAAAAAGGCAACAUGACAAGUCCAAAGAAAACAACAUUGAAAUCUUCCACAAUAAAAAUUAAUUCUGAAGAAACAAAGGGAAAAACACUGAUUACAAAAUAUGAUACAGAAAUGCAGAACAGAGAAUUCAAUAAAAAAUCAAUACACGAAACAUCAGAAGUUACAAAAUCAGACAUCCAAGUUGGCAAGGUGGACAUCACCCUCCCCUCCAUUGAUGUCACCCUUCCACAGGCCAGCGCUGACCUGCAGGCGCCUGAGGCCACCCUCAGCGUGGAAGGAGAAGCCAAAGUCCCAGAGAAGGAGGCCACCAAGACCAAGGAGGGCAAGUUCAAGAUGCCCAAGUUCGGCAUGCCUUCCUUUGGCUGGUCCAGCAGCAGAGAGGCCAAGGGCACUGUGGCCGCCGAGGUGGACGUCAGUCUCAAGGAGCCUGAAGUGACGGUGCCCUCGGCAGCCGUCCAAGCGGACGUGACGCUGCCCUCAGCGGACAUCCAAGCGCCCGGCGUGGAGGCGACGGUCGAGACCGUGGCUGUAGCAGCAGAGGGCGAGAAAGGCCGAUUCAAGAUGCCCGACGUCAAGAUGCCCAGCGUCAAGCUGCCCAAAGUCAAAGGUCCCCAGGCGCAGAUCAGCCUGCCCAAGGAUGAGGUUUCAUUGCCCAAAGGCCAGGAGGGUGAAGUCACCCUUCAAGGCCCAGAGGCCGAAGCCAGCCUGGAAAUGGCUGCCGGCAAAGCUGAGGGCAGUGGCUUGAAAAUACACAUGCCCAAAGUCAAGGUGCCCAGCGUGGUCUUCUCCAAGCCCACUGUCAAGUCUCCCAAACUGGAUGCAGACGUCAGCCUCCCACAGGCAGAGCUGAAGGCCACCGAUGCUGACGUCAGCAUUGCGGCCCCUGACAUCAAGCUGCCCUCUGUCCAAGGCUCCCUCGAGCUGCAGGCGCCCGAUGUAGACCUCAAAGCGCCCUGCGCCGAAGGCAAGCUCGAGCUGGAAGGUACUGGCUUGAAAGGCAAACUCAAGAUGCCCAAAUUUGACAAGCCCAAAUUCUCAGUGUCCUCCCCCAAAGCGGAGUUGCCCGCAGCCGAGAUCAGCGUGCCCAGCGCAGAGGUCGACCUGCCCUCUGCCACCGUGACAGCCGCGGGAGAGGGCCCGGGGCUGGGUGUCAAAGCCGACGUCCCCGGUGCCAAGACCGAAGGCGCUGGCUGGAAGCUGGAGAAGCCCUCCCUCAAGAUGCCCAAAGCUGACAUCAAAGCCCCCAAGGUGGACGUCAGCCUGCCCUCCGUCGACGUCACCCUUCCACAGGCCAGCGUUGACCUGCAGGCGCCUGAGGCCACCCUCAGCGUGGAAGGAGAAGCCAAAGUCCCAGAGAAGGAGGCCACCAAGACCAAGGACGGCAAGUUCAAGAUGCCCAAGUUCGGCAUGCCUUCCUUUGGCUGGUCCAGCAGCAGAGAGGCCAAGGGCACUGUGGCCGCCGAGGUGGACGUCAGUCUCAAGGAGCCUGAAGUGACGGUGCCCUCGGCAGCCGCCGAAGCGGACGUGACGCCGCCCUCAGCGGACAUCCAAGCGCCCGGCGUGGAAGCGACGGUCGAGACCGUGGCUGUAGCAGCAGAGGGCGAGAAAGGCCGAUUCAAGAUGCCCGACGUCAAGAUGCCCAGCGUCAAGCUGCCCAAAGUCAAAGGUCCCCAGGCGCAGAUCAGCCUGCCCAAGGCUGAGGUUUCAUUGCCCAAAGGCCAGGAGGGUGAAGUCACCCUUCAAGGCCCAGAGGCCGAAGCCAGCCUGGAAGUGGCUGCCGGCAAAGCUGAGGGCGGCGGCAUGAAAAUACACAUGCCCAAAGUCAAGGUGCCCAGCGUGGUCUUCUCCAAGCCCACUGUCAAGUCUCCCAAACUGGAUGCAGACGUCAGCCUCCCACAGGCAGAGCUGAAGGCCACCGAUGCUGACGUCAGCAUUGCGGCCCCUGACAUCAAGCUGCCCUCUGUCCAAGGCUCCCUCGAGCUGCAGGCGCCCGAUGUAGACCUCAAAGCGCCCUGCGCCGAAGGCAAGCUCGAGCUGGAAGGUACUGGCUUGAAAGGCAAACUCAAGAUGCCCAAAUUCGACAAGCCCAAAUUCUCAGUGUCCUCCCCCAAGGUGGAGUUGCCCGCAGCCGAGAUCAGCGUGCCCAGCGCAGAGGUCGACCUGCCCUCUGCCACCGUGACCGCUGCGGGAGAGGGCCUGGGGCUGGGUGUCAAAGCCGACAUCCCCGGUGCCAAGACCGACGGCGCUGGCUGGAAGCUGGAGAAGCCCUCCCUCAAGAUGCCCAAAGCUGACAUCAAAGCCCCCAAGGUGGACGUCAGCCUGCCCUCCGUCGACGUCACCCUUCCACAGGCCAGCGUUGACCUGCAGGCGCCUGAGGCCACCCUCAGCGUGGAAGGAGAAGCCAAAGUCCCAGAGAAGGAGGCCACCAAGACCAAGGACGGCAAGUUCAAGAUGCCCAAGUUCGGCAUGCCUUCCUUUGGCUGGUCCAGCAGCAGAGAGGCCAAGGGCACUGUGGCCGCCGAGGUGGACGUCAGUCUCAAGGAGCCUGAAGUGACGGUGCCCUCGGCAGCCGCCGAAGCGGACGUGACGCCGCCCUCAGCGGACAUCCAAGCGCCCGGCGUGGAGGCGACGGUCGAGACCGUGGCUGUAGCAGCAGAGGGCGAGAAAGGCCGAUUCAAGAUGCCCGACGUCAAGAUGCCCAGCGUCAAGCUGCCCAAAGUCAAAGGUCCCCAGGCGCAGAUCAGCCUGCCCAAGGCUGAGGUUUCAUUGCCCAAAGGCCAGGAGGGUGAAGUCACCCUUCAAGGCCCAGAGGCCGAAGCCAGCCUGGAAGUGGCUGCCGGCAAAGCUGAGGGCGGCGGCAUGAAAAUACACAUGCCCAAAGUCAAGGUGCCCAGCGUGGUCUUCUCCAAGCCCACUGUCAAGUCUCCCAAACUGGAUGCAGACGUCAGCCUCCCACAGGCAGAGCUGAAGGCCACCGAUGCUGACGUCAGCAUUGCGGCCCCUGACAUCAAGCUGCCCUCUGUCCAAGGCUCCCUCGAGCUGCAGGCGCCCGAUGUAGACCUCAAAGCGCCCUGCGCCGAAGGCAAGCUCGAGCUGGAAGGUACUGGCUUGAAAGGCAAACUCAAGAUGCCCAAAUUUGACAAGCCCAAAUUCUCAGUGUCCUCCCCCAAGGCGGAGUUGCCCGCAGCCGAGAUCAGCGUGCCCAGCGCAGAGGUCGACCUGCCCUCUGCCACCGUGACCGCUGCGGGAGAGGGCCUGGGGCUGGGUGUCAAAGCCGACAUCCCCGGUGCCAAGACCGACGGCGCUGGCUGGAAGCUGGAGAAGCCCUCCCUCAAGAUGCCCAAAGCUGACAUCAAAGCCCCCAAGGUGGACGUCAGCCUGCCCUCCGUCGACGUCACCCUUCCACAGGCCAGCGUUGACCUGCAGGCGCCUGAGGCCACCCUCAGCGUGGAAGGAGAAGCCAAAGUCCCAGAGAAGGAGGCCACCAAGACCAAGGACGGCAAGUUCAAGAUGCCCAAGUUCGGCAUGCCUUCCUUUGGCUGGUCCAGCAGCAGAGAGGCCAAGGGCACUGUGGCCGCCGAGGUGGACGUCAGUCUCAAGGAGCCUGAAGUGACGGUGCCCUCGGCAGCCGCCGAAGCGGACGUGACGCCGCCCUCAGCGGACAUCCAAGCGCCCGGCGUGGAGGCGACGGUCGAGACCGUGGCUGUAGCAGCAGAGGGCGAGAAAGGCCGAUUCAAGAUGCCCGACGUCAAGAUGCCCAGCGUCAAGCUGCCCAAAGUCAAAGGUCCCCAGGCGCAGAUCAGCCUGCCCAAGGCUGAGGUUUCAUUGCCCAAAGGCCAGGAGGGUGAAGUCACCCUUCAAGGCCCAGAGGCCGAAGCCAGCCUGGAAGUGGCUGCCGGCAAAGCUGAGGGCGGCGGCAUGAAAAUACACAUGCCCAAAGUCAAGGUGCCCAGCGUGGUCUUCUCCAAGCCCACUGUCAAGUCUCCCAAACUGGAUGCAGACGUCAGCCUCCCACAGGCAGAGCUGAAGGCCACCGAUGCUGACGUCAGCAUUGCGGCCCCUGACAUCAAGCUGCCCUCUGUCCAAGGCUCCCUCGAGCUGCAGGCGCCCGAUGUAGACCUCAAAGCGCCCUGCGCCGAAGGCAAGCUCGAGCUGGAAGGUACUGGCUUGAAAGGCAAACUCAAGAUGCCCAAAUUUGACAAGCCCAAAUUCUCAGUGUCCUCCCCCAAGGUGGAGUUGCCCGCAGCCGAGAUCAGCGUGCCCAGCGCAGAGGUCGACCUGCCCUCUGCCACCGUGACAGCUGCGGGAGAGGGCCUGGGGCUGGGUGUCAAAGCCGACAUCCCCGGUGCCAAGACCGAAGGCGCUGGCUGGAAGCUGGAGAAGCCCUCCCUCAAGAUGCCCAAAGCUGACAUCAAAGCCCCCAAGGUGGAUGUCAGCCUGCCCUCCGUCGACGUCACCCUUCCACAGGCCAGCGUUGACCUGCAGGCGCCUGAGGCCACCCUCAGCGUGGAAGGAGAAGCCAAAGUCCCAGAGAAGGAGGCCACCAAGACCAAGGACGGCAAGUUCAAGAUGCCCAAGUUCGGCAUGCCUUCCUUUGGCUGGUCCAGCAGCAGAGAGGCCAAGGGCACUGUGGCCGCUGAGGUGGACGUCAGUCUCAAGGAGCCUGAAGUGACGGUGCCCUCGGCAGCCGCCGAAGCGGACAUGACGCUGCCCUCAGCGGACAUCCAAGCGCCCGGCGUGGAGGCGACGGUCGAGACCGUGGCUGUAGCAGCAGAGGGCGAGAAAGGCCGAUUCAAGAUGCCCGACGUCAAGAUGCCCAGCGUCAAGCUGCCCAAAGUCAAAGGUCCCCAGGUGCAGAUCAGCCUGCCCAAGGCUGAGGUUUCAUUGCCCAAAGGCCAGGAGGGUGAAGUCACCCUUCAAGGCCCAGAGGCCGAAGCCAGCCUGGAAGUGGCUGCCGGCAAAGCUGAGGGCGGCGGCAUGAAAAUACACAUGCCCAAAGUCAAGGUGCCCAGCGUGGUCUUCUCCAAGCCCACUGUCAAGUCUCCCAAACUGGAUGCAGACGUCAGCCUCCCACAGGCAGAGCUGAAGGCCACCGAUGCUGACGUCAGCAUUGCGGCCCCUGACAUCAAGCUGCCCUCUGUCCAAGGCUCCCUCGAGCUGCAGGCGCCCGAUGUAGACCUCAAAGCGCCCUGCGCCGAAGGCAAGCUCGAGCUGGAAGGUACUGGCUUGAAAGGCAAACUCAAGAUGCCCAAAUUUGACAAGCCCAAAUUCUCAGUGUCCUCCCCCAAGGCGGAGUUGCCCGCAGCCGAGAUCAGCGUGCCCAGCGCAGAGGUCGACCUGCCCUCUGCCACCGUGACAGCCGCGGGAGAGGGCCCGGGGCUGGGUGUCAAAGCCGACGUCCCCGGUGCCAAGACCGAAGGCGCUGGCUGGAAGCUGGAGAAGCCCUCCCUCAAGAUGCCCAAAGCUGACAUCAAAGCCCCCAAGGUGGACGUCAGCCUGCCCUCCGUCGACGUCACCCUUCCACAGGCCAGCGUUGACCUGCAGGCGCCUGAGGCCACCCUCAGCGUGGAAGGAGAAGCCAAAGUCCCAGAGAAGGAGGCCACCAAGACCAAGGAUGGCAAGUUCAAGAUGCCCAAGUUCGGCAUGCCUUCCUUUGGCUGGUCCAGCAGCAGAGAGGCCAAGGGCACUGUGGCCGCCGAGGUGGACGUCAGUCUCAAGGAGCCUGAACUGACGGUGCCCUCGGCAGCCGCCGAAGCGGACAUGACGCUGCCCUCAGCGGACAUCCAAGCGCCCGGCGUGGAGGCGACGGUCGAGACCGUGGCUGUAGCAGCAGAGGGCGAGAAAGGCCGAUUCAAGAUGCCCGACGUCAAGAUGCCCAGCGUCAAGCUGCCCAAAGUCAAAGGUCCCCAGGCGCAGAUCAGCCUGCCCAAGGCUGAGGUUUCAUUGCCCAAAGGCCAGGAGGGUGAAGUCACCCUUCAAGGCCCAGAGGCCGAAGCCAGCCUGGAAGUGGCUGCCGGCAAAGCUGAGGGCGGCGGCAUGAAAAUACACAUGCCCAAAGUCAAGGUGCCCAGCGUGGUCUUCUCCAAGCCCACUGUCAAGUCUCCCAAACUGGAUGCAGACGUCAGCCUCCCACAGGCAGAGCUGAAGGCCACCGAUGCUGACGUCAGCAUUGCGGCCCCUGACAUCAAGCUGCCCUCUGUCCAAGGCUCCCUCGAGCUGCAGGCGCCCGAUGUAGACCUCAAAGCGCCCUGCGCCGAAGGCAAGCUCGAGCUGGAAGGUACUGGCUUGAAAGGCAAACUCAAGAUGCCCAAAUUUGACAAGCCCAAAUUCUCAGUGUCCUCCCCCAAGGUGGAGUUGCCCGCAGCCGAGAUCAGCGUGCCCAGCGCAGAGGUCGACCUGCCCUCUGCCACCGUGACAGCUGCGGGAGAGGGCCUGGGGCUGGGUGUCAAAGCCGACAUCCCCGGUGCCAAGACCGAAGGCGCUGGCUGGAAGCUGGAGAAGCCCUCCCUCAAGAUGCCCAAAGCUGACAUCAAAGCCCCCAAGGUGGAUGUCAGCCUGCCCUCCGUCGACGUCACCCUUCCACAGGCCAGCGUUGACCUGCAGGCGCCUGAGGCCACCCUCAGCGUGGAAGGAGAAGCCAAAGUCCCAGAGAAGGAGGCCACCAAGACCAAGGACGGCAAGUUCAAGAUGCCCAAGUUCGGCAUGCCUUCCUUUGGCUGGUCCAGCAGCAGAGAGGCCAAGGGCACUGUGGCCGCCGAGGUGGACGUCAGUCUCAAGGAGCCUGAAGUGACGGUGCCCUUGGCAGCCGCCGAAGCGGACAUGACGCUGCCCUCAGCGGACAUCCAAGCGCCCGGCGUGGAGGCGACGGUCGAGACCGUGGCUGUAGCAGCAGAGGGCGAGAAAGGCCGAUUCAAGAUGCCCGACGUCAAGAUGCCCAGCGUCAAGCUGCCCAAAGUCAAAGGUCCCCAGGCGCAGAUCAGCCUGCCCAAGGCUGAGGUUUCAUUGCCCAAAGGCCAGGAGGGUGAAGUCACCCUUCAAGGCCCAGAGGCCGAAGCCAGCCUGGAAGUGGCUGCCGGCAAAGCUGAGGGUGGCGGCAUGAAAAUACACAUGCCCAAAGUCAAGGUGCCCAGCGUGGUCUUCUCCAAGCCCACUGUCAAGUCUCCCAAACUGGAUGCAGACGUCAGCCUCCCACAGGCAGAGCUGAAGGCCACCGAUGCUGACGUCAGCAUUGCGGCCCCUGACAUCAAGCUGCCCUCUGUCCAAGGCUCCCUCGAGGUGCAGGCGCCCGAUGUAGACCUCAAAGCGCCCUGCGCCGAAGGCAAGCUCGAGCUGGAAGGUACUGGCUUGAAAGGCAAACUCAAGAUGCCCAAAUUUGACAAGCCCAAAUUCUCAGUGUCCUCCCCCAAGGCGGAGUUGCCCGCAGCCGAGAUCAGCGUGCCCAGCGCAGAGGUCGACCUGCCCUCUGCCACCGUGACAGCCGCAGGAGAGGGCCCGGGGCUGGGUGUCAAAGCCGACGUCCCCGGUGCCAAGACCGAAGGCGCUGGCUGGAAGCUGGAGAAGCCCUCCCUCAAGAUGCCCAAAGCUGACAUCAAAGCCCCCAAGGUGGACGUCAGCCUGCCCUCCGUCGACGUCACCCUUCCACAGGCCAGCGUUGACCUGCAGGCGCCUGAGGCCACCCUCAGCGUGGAAGGAGAAGCCAAAGUCCCAGAGAAGGAGGCCACCAAGACCAAGGACGGCAAGUUCAAGAUGCCCAAGUUCGGCAUGCCUUCCUUUGGCUGGUCCAGCAGCAGAGAGGCCAAGGGCACUGUGGCCGCCGAGGUGGACGUCAGUCUCAAGGAGCCUGAAGUGACGGUGCCCUUGGCAGCCGCCCAAGCGGACGUGACGCUGCCCUCAGCGGACAUCCAAGCGCCCGGCGUGGAAGUGACGGUCGAGACUGUGGCUGUAGCAGCAGAGGGCGAGAAAGGCCGAUUCAAGAUGCCCGACGUCAAGAUGCCCAGCGUCAAGCUGCCCAAAGUCAAAGGUCCCCAGGCGCAGAUCAGCCUGCCCAAGGCUGAGGUUUCAUUGCCCAAAGGCCAGGAGGGUGAAGUCACCCUUCAAGGCCCAGAGGCCGAAGCCAGCCUGGAAGUGGCUGCCGGCAAAGCUGAGGGCGGCGGCAUGAAAAUACACAUGCCCAAAGUCAAGGUGCCCAGCGUGGUCUUCUCCAAGCCCACUGUCAAGUCUCCCAAACUGGAUGCAGACGUCAGCCUCCCACAGGCAGAGCUGAAGGCCACCGAUGCUGACGUCAGCAUUGCGGCCCCUGACAUCAAGCUGCCCUCUGUCCAAGGCUCCCUCGAGCUGCAGGCGCCCGAUGUAGACCUCAAAGCGCCCUGCGCCGAAGGCAAGCUCGAGCUGGAAGGUACUGGCUUGAAAGGCAAACUCAAGAUGCCCAAAUUUGACAAGCCCAAAUUCUCAGUGUCCUCCCCCAAGGCGGAGUUGCCCGCAGCCGAGAUCAGCGUGCCCAGCGCAGAGGUCGACCUGCCCUCUGCCACCGUGACAGCCGCGGGAGAGGGCCCGGGGCUGGGUGUCAAAGCCGACGUCCCCGGUGCCAAGACCGAAGGCGCUGGCUGGAAGCUGGAGAAGCCCUCCCUCAAGAUGCCCAAAGCUGACAUCAAAGCCCCCAAGGUGGACGUCAGCCUGCCCUCCGUCGACGUCACCCUUCCACAGGCCAGCGUUGACCUGCAGGCGCCUGAGGCCACCCUCAGCGUGGAAGGAGAAGCCAAAGUCCCAGAGAAGGAGGCCACCAAGACCAAGGAUGGCAAGUUCAAGAUGCCCAAGUUCGGCAUGCCUUCCUUUGGCUGGUCCAGCAGCAGAGAGGCCAAGGGCACUGUGGCCGCCGAGGUGGACGUCAGUCUCAAGGAGCCUGAAGUGACGGUGCCCUCGGCAGCCGCCGAAGCGGACGUGACGCUGCCCUCAGCGGACAUCCAAGCGCCCGGCGUAGAGGCGACGGUCGAGACCGUGGGUGUAGCAGCAGAGGGCGAGAAAGGCCGAUUCAAGAUGCCCGACGUCAAGAUGCCCAGCGUCAAGCUGCCCAAAGUCAAAGGUCCCCAGGCGCAGAUCAGCCUGCCCAAGGCUGAGGUUUCAUUGCCCAAAGGCCAGGAGGGUGAAGUCACCCUUCAAGGCCCAGAGGCCGAAGCCAGCCUGGAAGUGGCUGCCGGCAAAGCUGAGGGUGGCGGCAUGAAAAUACACAUGCCCAAAGUCAAGGUGCCCAGCGUGGUCUUCUCCAAGCCCACUGUCAAGUCUCCCAAACUGGAUGCAGACGUCAGCCUCCCACAGGCAGAGCUGAAGGCCACCGAUGCUGACGUCAGCAUUGCGGCCCCUGACAUCAAGCUGCCCUCUGUCCAAGGCUCCCUCGAGCUGCAGGCACCCGAUGUAGACCUCAAAGCGCCCUGCGCCGAAGGCAAGCUCGAGCUGGAAGGUACUGGCUUGAAAGGCAAACUCAAGAUGCCCAAAUUUGACAAGCCCAAAUUCUCAGUGUCCUCCCCCAAAGCGGAGUUGCCCGCAGCCGAGAUCAGCGUGCCCAGCGCAGAGGUCGACCUGCCCUCUGCCACCGUGACAGCCGCGGGAGAGGGCCCGGGGCUGGGUGUCAAAGCCGACGUCCCCGGUGCCAAGACCGAAGGCGCUGGCUGGAAGCUGGAGAAGCCCUCCCUCAAGAUGCCCAAAGCUGACAUCAAAGCCCCCAAGGUGGACGUCAGCCUGCCCUCCGUCGACGUCACCCUUCCACAGGCCAGCGUUGACCUGCAGGCGCCUGAGGCCACCCUCAGCGUGGAAGGAGAAGCCAAAGUCCCAGAGAAGGAGGCCACCAAGACCAAGGACGGCAAGUUCAAGAUGCCCAAGUUCGGCAUGCCUUCCUUUGGCUGGUCCAGCAGCAGAGAGGCCAAGGGCACUGUGGCCGCCGAGGUGGACGUCAGUCUCAAGGAGCCUGAAGUGACGGUGCCCUCGGCAGCCGCCGAAGCGGACGUGACGCCGCCCUCAGCGGACAUCCAAGCGCCCGGCGUGGAGGCGACGGUCGAGACCGUGGCUGUAGCAGCAGAGGGCGAGAAAGGCCGAUUCAAGAUGCCCGACGUCAAGAUGCCCAGCGUCAAGCUGCCCAAAGUCAAAGGUCCCCAGGCGCAGAUCAGCCUGCCCAAGGCUGAGGUUUCAUUGCCCAAAGGCCAGGAGGGUGAAGUCACCCUUCAAGGCCCAGAGGCCGAAGCCAGCCUGGAAGUGGCUGCCGGCAAAGCUGAGGGCGGCGGCAUGAAAAUACACAUGCCCAAAGUCAAGGUGCCCAGCGUGGUCUUCUCCAAGCCCACUGUCAAGUCUCCCAAACUGGAUGCAGACGUCAGCCUCCCACAGGCAGAGCUGAAGGCCACCGAUGCUGACGUCAGCAUUGCGGCCCCUGACAUCAAGCUGCCCUCUGUCCAAGGCUCCCUCGAGCUGCAGGCGCCCGAUGUAGACCUCAAAGCGCCCUGCGCCGAAGGCAAGCUCGAGCUGGAAGGUACUGGCUUGAAAGGCAAACUCAAGAUGCCCAAAUUCGACAAGCCCAAAUUCUCAGUGUCCUCCCCCAAGGUGGAGUUGCCCGCAGCCGAGAUCAGCGUGCCCAGCGCAGAGGUCGACCUGCCCUCUGCCACCGUGACCGCUGCGGGAGAGGGCCUGGGGCUGGGUGUCAAAGCCGACAUCCCCGGUGCCAAGACCGACGGCGCUGGCUGGAAGCUGGAGAAGCCCUCCCUCAAGAUGCCCAAAGCUGACAUCAAAGCCCCCAAGGUGGACGUCAGCCUGCCCUCCGUCGACGUCACCCUUCCACAGGCCAGCGUUGACCUGCAGGCGCCUGAGGCCACCCUCAGCGUGGAAGGAGAAGCCAAAGUCCCAGAGAAGGAGGCCACCAAGACCAAGGACGGCAAGUUCAAGAUGCCCAAGUUCGGCAUGCCUUCCUUUGGCUGGUCCAGCAGCAGAGAGGCCAAGGGCACUAUGGCCGCCGAGGUGGACGUCAGUCUCAAGGAGCCUGAAGUGACGGUGCCCUUGGCAGCCGCCGAAGCGGACGUGACGCUGCCCUCAGCGGACAUCCAAGCGCCCGGCGUGGAAGUGACGGUCGAGACUGUGGCUGUAGCAGCAGAGGGCGAGAAAGGCCGAUUCAAGAUGCCCGACGUCAAGAUGCCCAGCGUCAAGCUGCCCAAAGUCAAAGGUCCCCAGGCGCAGAUCAGCCUGCCCAAGGCUGAGGUUUCAUUGCCCAAAGGCCAGGAGGGUGAAGUCACCCUUCAAGGCCCAGAGGCCGAAGCCAGCCUGGAAGUGGCUGCCGGCAAAGCUGAGGGCGGCGGCAUGAAAAUACACAUGCCCAAAGUCAAGGUGCCCAGCGUGGUCUUCUCCAAGCCCACUGUCAAGUCUCCCAAAUUGGAUGCAGACGUCAGCCUCCCACAGGCAGAGCUGAAGGCCACCGAUGCUGACGUCAGCAUUGCGGCCCCUGACAUCAAGCUGCCCUCUGUCCAAGGCUCCCUCGAGCUGCAGGCGCCCGAUGUAGACCUCAAAGCGCCCUGCGCCGAAGGCAAGCUCGAGCUGGAAGGUACUGGCUUGAAAGGCAAACUCAAGAUGCCCAAAUUUGACAAGCCCAAAUUCUCAGUGUCCUCCCCCAAGGCGGAGUUGCCCGCAGCCGAGACCAGCGUGCCCAGCGCAGAGGUCGACCUGCCCUCUGCCACCGUGACAGCCGCGGGAGAGGGCCCGGGGCUGGGUGUCAAAGCCGACGUCCCCGGUGCCAAGACCGAAGGCGCUGGCUGGAAGCUGGAGAAGCCCUCCCUCAAGAUGCCCAAAGCUGACAUCAAAGCCCCCAAGGUGGACGUCAGCCUGCCCUCCGUCGACGUCACCCUUCCACAGGCCAGCGUUGACCUGCAGGCGCCUGAGGCCACCCUCAGCGUGGAAGGAGAAGCCAAAGUCCCAGAGAAGGAGGCCACCAAGACCAAGGACGGCAAGUUCAAGAUGCCCAAGUUCGGCAUGCCUUCCUUUGGCUGGUCCAGCAGCAGAGAGGCCAAGGGCACUGUGGCCGCCGAGGUGGACGUCAGUCUCAAGGAGCCUGAAGUGACGGUGCCCUUGGCAGCCGCCGAAGCGGACGUGACACUGCCCUCAGCGGACAUCCAAGCGCCUGGCGUGGAAGUGACGGUCGAGACCGUGGCUGUAGCAGCAGAGGGCGAGAAAGGCCGAUUCAAGAUGCCCGACGUCAAGAUGCCCAGCGUCAAGCUGCCCAAAGUCAAAGGUCCCCAGGCGCAGAUCAGCCUGCCCAAGGCUGAGGUUUCAUUGCCCAAAGGCCAGGAGGGUGAAGUCACCCUUCAAGGCCCAGAGGCCGAAGCCAGCCUGGAAGUGGCUGCCGGCAAAGCUGAGGGUGGCGGCAUGAAAAUACACAUGCCCAAAGUCAAGGUGCCCAGCGUGGUCUUCUCCAAGCCCACUGUCAAGUCUCCCAAACUGGAUGCAGACGUCAGCCUCCCACAGGCAGAGCUGAAGGCCACCGAUGCUGACGUCAGCAUUGCGGCCCCUGACAUCAAGCUGCCCUCUGUCCAAGGCUCCCUCGAGCUGCAGGCGCCCGAUGUAGACCUCAAAGCGCCCUGCGCCGAAGGCAAGCUCGAGCUGGAAGGUACUGGCUUGAAAGGCAAACUCAAGAUGCCCAAAUUUGACAAGCCCAAAUUCUCAGUGUCCUCCCCCAAGGCGGAGUUGCCCGCAGCCGAGAUCAGCGUGCCCAGCGCAGAGGUCGACCUGCCCUCUGCCACCGUGACAGCCGCGGGAGAGGGCCCGGGGCUGGGUGUCAAAGCCGACGUCCCCGGUGCCAAGACCGAAGGCGCUGGCUGGAAGCUGGAGAAGCCCUCCCUCAAGAUGCCCAAAGCUGACAUCAAAGCCCCCAAGGUGGACGUCAGCCUGCCCUCCGUCGACGUCACCCUUCCACAGGCCAGCGUUGACCUGCAGGCGCCUGAGGCCACCCUCAGCGUGGAAGGAGAAGCCAAAGUCCCAGAGAAGGAGGCCACCAAGACCAAGGACGGCAAGUUCAAGAUGCCCAAGUUCGGCAUGCCUUCCUUUGGCUGGUCCAGCAGCAGAGAGGCCAAGGGCACUGUGGCCGCCGAGGUGGACGUCAGUCUCAAGGAGCCUGAAGUGACGGUGCCCUUGGCAGCCGCCCAAGCGGACGUGACGCUGCCCUCAGCGGACAUCCAAGCGCCCGGCGUGGAAGUGACGGUCGAGACUGUGGCUGUAGCAGCAGAGGGCGAGAAAGGCCGAUUCAAGAUGCCCGACGUCAAGAUGCCCAGCGUCAAGCUGCCCAAAGUCAAAGGUCCCCAGGCGCAGAUCAGCCUGCCCAAGGCUGAGGUUUCAUUGCCCAAAGGCCAGGAGGGUGAAGUCACCCUUCAAGGCCCAGAGGCCGAAGCCAGCCUGGAAGUGGCUGCCGGCAAAGCUGAGGGCGGCGGCAUGAAAAUACACAUGCCCAAAGUCAAGGUGCCCAGCGUGGUCUUCUCCAAGCCCACUGUCAAGUCUCCCAAACUGGAUGCAGACGUCAGCCUCCCACAGGCAGAGCUGAAGGCCACCGAUGCUGACGUCAGCAUUGCGGCCCCUGACAUCAAGCUGCCCUCUGUCCAAGGCUCCCUCGAGCUGCAGGCGCCCGAUGUAGACCUCAAAGCGCCCUGCGCCGAAGGCAAGCUCGAGCUGGAAGGUACUGGCUUGAAAGGCAAACUCAAGAUGCCCAAAUUUGACAAGCCCAAAUUCUCAGUGUCCUCCCCCAAGGCGGAGUUGCCCGCAGCCGAGAUCAGCGUGCCCAGCGCAGAGGUCGACCUGCCCUCUGCCACCGUGACAGCCGCGGGAGAGGGCCCGGGGCUGGGUGUCAAAGCCGACGUCCCCGGUGCCAAGACCGAAGGCGCUGGCUGGAAGCUGGAGAAGCCCUCCCUCAAGAUGCCCAAAGCUGACAUCAAAGCCCCCAAGGUGGACGUCAGCCUGCCCUCCGUCGACGUCACCCUUCCACAGGCCAGCGUUGACCUGCAGGCGCCUGAGGCCACCCUCAGCGUGGAAGGAGAAGCCAAAGUCCCAGAGAAGGAGGCCACCAAGACCAAGGACGGCAAGUUCAAGAUGCCCAAGUUUGGCAUGCCUUCCUUUGGCUGGUCCAGCAGCAGAGAGGCCAAGGGCACUGUGGCCGCCGAGGUGGACGUCAGUCUCAAGGAGCCUGAAGUGACGGUGCCCUUGGCAGCCGCCCAAGCGGACGUGACGCUGCCCUCAGCGGACAUCCAAGCGCCCGGCGUGGAGGCGACGGUCGAGACCGUGGCUGUAGCAGCAGAGGGCGAGAAAGGCCGAUUCAAGAUGCCCGACGUCAAGAUGCCCAGCGUCAAGCUGCCCAAAGUCAAAGGUCCCCAGGCGCAGAUCAGCCUGCCCAAGGCUGAGGUUUCAUUGCCCAAAGGCCAGGAGGGUGAAGUCACCCUUCAAGGCCCAGAGGCCGAAGCCAGCCUGGAAGUGGCUGCCGGCAAAGCUGAGGGUGGCGGCAUGAAAAUACACAUGCCCAAAGUCAAGGUGCCCAGCGUGGUCUUCUCCAAGCCCACUGUCAAGUCUCCCAAACUGGAUGCAGACGUCAGCCUCCCACAGGCAGAGCUGAAGGCCACCGAUGCUGACGUCAGCAUUGCGGCCCCUGACAUCAAGCUGCCCUCUGUCCAAGGCUCCCUCGAGCUGCAGGCGCCCGAUGUAGACCUCAAAGCGCCCUGCGCCGAAGGCAAGCUCGAGCUGGAAGGUACUGGCUUGAAAGGCAAACUCAAGAUGCCCAAAUUUGACAAGCCCAAAUUCUCAGUGUCCUCCCCCAAGGCGGAGUUGCCCGCAGCCGAGAUCAGCGUGCCCAGCGCAGAGGUCGACCUGCCCUCUGCCACCGUGACAGCCGCGGGAGAGGGCCCGGGGCUGGGUGUCAAAGCCGACGUCCCCGGUGCCAAGACCGAAGGCGCUGGCUGGAAGCUGGAGAAGCCCUCCCUCAAGAUGCCCAAAGCUGACAUCAAAGCCCCCAAGGUGGACGUCAGCCUGCCCUCCGUCGACGUCACCCUUCCACAGGCCAGCGUUGACCUGCAGGCGCCUGAGGCCACCCUCAGCGUGGAAGGAGAAGCCAAAGUCCCAGAGAAGGAGGCCACCAAGACCAAGGACGGCAAGUUCAAGAUGCCCAAGUUCGGCAUGCCUUCCUUUGGCUGGUCCAGCAGCAGAGAGGCCAAGGGCACUGUGGCCGCCGAGGUGGACGUCAGUCUCAAGGAGCCUGAAGUGACGGUGCCCUCGGCAGUCCCAGUACUGGAUAUAUCAUCGCCUGACUGUGAUGUGCAGUCUCCCACUUCUGGUGUUUCGCUGCUGUCUUCUGCUUAUAAAGAGGAGGAAUUUGGUAAAUCUCAAUCUCCUGUAUUUCGAAUCCCUAAAAUUUCCCUUUCUAAAAGUUUUAAACCUCCUGCACAAAGGCAAUCUGGGCUUGAUGUUUCUGUUUCCAAAACUCAUCCUUUAACAGAGGAAGCUUCUUCUGUUUCUUCUGAGAAUGCUGGAUAUAAAUGUUUGCCUGAUAUUAAGGGAGAGAGUGUAUCUAAAAGUACCAAAUUCAAAGUACCUGGCAUUGGUUUCUCUAAAGCUGAAGUUACUUCAUCGAAAAUUGAUCUGGAGUCCUCAUUAGAAAAGGGGGAUGAUAUUACUCUUACUAAAUAUCAAAGUAAUCUAACAGAAUCUCAAUCAAAAGUAGCAUCUCUUGCUGACGAAAAUCUUUCAGAUUUUGAAAUUUUAAGUGAUGAUGGUUUUGAGGAGCAAGGUGGUUUAAAGCUAGAGGGGAAAACAACAUCUGCUGCAAUAUCUCUGGUUGACACAGAGGUCACAGUUAAAAUUCAUAAAUUCCGAAGACCAAAAUUCAGAAUUCGAUCUAAGGGAAAAGCGUCUGAAAGUGACAUGGUUUCUAGUGUGGAAUCUGAAAUUAGCAAGGGAAGGAUAACAUCUGAUAUGACUGAUCCUGAUAUUGAAAACCCAGCUCAAAUCUCUGAUGCCCAGCUUGGUGUGAAGUUGCAUAAGCCUUCUCUUGAAGUUGUUCUGGAUGCACCAACAGUGGAUCCAAAUCUCUUACCCAUGGAGGUUACCUUGCCAAAAUUAGAAGCAGAAAUCCAUUGCCCAGAUUUAAAGUGCAAGGCAGAACAGGAAGUAAUUACGGAAGAGAGGGGUACUGAGGAGAAAGAAAACAAAUUUAAAUCAUCAAAAUUCAAACUACCUUCAUUUAGGUGGUCACCAAAGAAAGAAGCUGUUGCUUCUUCUCAUGUUGAAGAACAUCUAGAAGGACCCACUUCGUAUACUUUAUCUGGAGACAUGGAAUCUGAAUUAACUUUUCCUGCUCCUGAGAAUCAAUACAUCCAUGAAGAAUUUGAUACAACAGAAAAAGAUGGUGAAAAGGCCAAAACCAAGAAGUCCCAAUUUACCAUGCCAAAGAUCUCAUUCCCUAAAAUGAAGGGUCAGAAAGUACAGGUCUCUCUGCCUGUACUGGAAACUGAUGUUUCUGGACUCAAACAAGAAAAAGAAGGUGUUUCUGAUCAGAAGUCUGAGAAAGGGAGUAGUGGAGAAGGGGCAGGACUGGGCAUAAAAGUGCCAAAAGUUACAGUCCCAACUUUGGAAUUUUCUAAACCAGAAGCCAAAGCUCCCAAAAUGGAGAUGGAUAUUAGCAUGCCUACAGGUGAGGUCACAGUUCCUACCUGUGAAGAAGAUGAGCUGAGAAGAUUGAAAUCAGCUGCUGCUAGUGCCAGCCUCUCCACCUCAGAUAUUAAGAUGAUACCUGAAGGUUCGCUUGAGGUAAAGAGUCCUGACAUAAGCGUUGAAAGAACAUCAAGUGAAAUUGCUGUGGGUGAUGAAGAGAUAAAAGCUGAAGGUUCUGAAGGGAAAACAAAAAUGUCUAAAUUCCAAAUGCCAAAAGUAGGAAUUACACUUUCUAAAGGGAAAGGAUCACAAAAGGAUGUUGGCCAAUCCAAAUCAGAAGUCAAGGUUCCUCAGCUAAAAGCAAUGGUAGAAAUAUCUGACAUUGCUGUUGAAGCACCAGACUUGGAGGUGGAAUGUGGCACAGAAACAGAGACUUACAGCCCUGAAGCCAAAAUUACUAAACCUGACAGUAAGGCAUCAGAGGCUGAUUUUCACCUCCCAUCAGCUGAAAUUUCUGUUCCAAAAACAGACAGUGAUAUUCAGGAUUCAGAUGCAGCAGUAAAGAUCAAGAAGGAAAUAAAGCAAGAUGGAGAUGGAGAAGAGAAAGAAGGACAUUUCAAAAUGCCGAAAUUCAAACUUCCAUCCUUCAGUUGGUCACCAAAGAAGGAAGCAAGUGUUAAAUCAGAUUCUGAAGCAAAUUUGGAAGAUCAAAAGCUUGCUGUCAUGUCAAGCGGAAUAGACACAGAAGUAAAAGGAACUGCAACUGAUGAUCAAGGUAGUGGGCCAGACCUUGAUCUGGAAAUAUCUGCAGGAAAAGUUGAACAAAAAAGUCCAAUUAAAAAGCCACAGUUUGUCAUGCCUAAAAUUUCACUCUCCAAGAUCAAGGUUCCAAAAUCUCAGUCUCAUUCACCAAAAGUUGAAGCUGAUGCUACUCUUCCUAAAACAGAAAUAGAAGGUGAUGAUUCAAUUAAGAUACCUGAUAUAGAAAAAAGUCAUCCUGAAGGGACUGAAGAAGGGGCACAAAUAAGCAUAAAACUGGCUGACACUAUGGUCCACACUCUAGAGUUUUCCAGAGUAGAAACUGAAGCCUCUAAAACUGAAGUAACAGUCAGCUCAGCAAAGAUUGAUGAUUCUUUGACUCCCUCAGAGGGGAGUUUUCAACCGGUUAACUUAAUUUCAAGUUCCACCAAUGAAUGUAACAUUCAAAAAACAGGUAUUAAGCUCCCCAAAGGAGAAGCUUCAGUUGAUUUGAAGAGCCCUGAUAUAUUAACAGAAAGCUCAUCAGUUGUGGAUGGAAGAAAAGUGAAAUUGGAAGGUCCUGAAGGGAAGAUUAAAAUGCCCAAAUUCCAGAAGACAAAGUUUGGAAUCUCCCUAACAAAAGGGAAAGUCCCCGACACAGAGAUCAGCUCCCCAAAAAUAGAAACUGAGCUACCCCAGCUAAGAACAACAAACAAAAUUGCUGACAUUGCUGUGGGAGUUCCAGCAUCAGAACUUAGAUCUGAUAUGUCAGAUCCUGGAGUAGUUGAUGGUAAGAUAAAAACACCUCAAGCUCUGAUGGGUGCCAUUGAAGAUGCAAAGGUAGACAUAAGCACCCAGUCAGUGUCUAAACCAAAGACAGAGGGAGUUAUUGAGAGUCUUGAGGAGAAGGAAAUCAAAUUGAAAGAAAAAGAAAUAAAAGCUGAAGAAGUUCAGACUGAAGAAUAUCAGGGAUGGUUUAAAAUGCCAAAAUUCAGAAUACCUGCAUUUGGGAGGUCAUCCUUAAAAGAAAAAAAAAGUGAUGUUGAUAUUGAAAGAAGUAUGGAAAAGGCUCAGGCAACUAUUCCUUCUGCUAAAGUACAAACUGAAACAAGUAUUCCUGAAAAUACCUUCUCAUUACCACAUGCAGUUGCUGAAAUUACUAUUGGAAAAGAAGGGAUUCAAAAAUUAGGAGAUUCUGUGAAGUGUUCUGAUGCUUGCUUGCCAAAGAUGGAAGGAGAUAUUUCAUUAUCCACAGAAAGAACAGACAGUAGAGUGAAUAUUCCAAAAAUUGAAACUUACGCAGAUGUAGUUAAGCGCAGUGCUGAAGGACAUACUUCAGAAAUCACCGUGUCUGCAGCAGAAUUGCCUAAAUCAUACCCAAGUGCUUCAGAAACUGACAAAGAGAAGAGUUCAAUAAAUAGGUUUCCUACAAGUACUCUGACGUUUCCAGAGCAUAAAGGCAAAUCAUGGGAUAUAGAAGAUGCAAAGGUAGAAAGUUCCAUGAAGUUAGAGACAUCAGGGGUAGGAUGCAAACCAUCGUCAGCUGAAAUUACUAUGGAUGUAACACAGAAGAAAAUAGAUGUUAAUCUUCCAAAGGAAGAGCUAGAUAUUCAAAAUAAAGAGAUGGCAAUUAAAAAAGGAAAGAUAAAGGACGAGGUGAAAAUCAUAGGAAAAGACGGUGAAGAAAGUCAGUUAAAAAGGACUAUAUGUGAAUGGUCUACAACAAAAGGAUCAGAAGAUGGUACUUACGUUACUGCUAAGCUGGAAGACCUAAAGGUAGAAGUUCCAACAGUGAAGACAGAUGUUAAAAUUACUAGAGUAGAUCCUGAAAUGAAAUACCAAGUGAAAAGUGUUGAAAAGGAUGUGUCUGCAGGAGUGGAAGUGCAAGUAGAAGACAGAACAGAAACAAGUAAAAUUAAAGCAUACAAGUUUAAGAUUCCAAAGUUUGGAAUAUUGCAUUCAGAAAUCAAGGGGUUUGAAGAUAAUACCAGUUUGCCAAAGUCAGAAGCUGAUUCAGCACCUAGAAGUGAAAGAGGCACAGCAGAAAUGCAGUUACAAAAACCAGAAGGAUCAACUGGCCUGAAAAGUCCAGCUCUAGAUGAUAUAGAAGCAUCCACCAGAAUAACAGGGGAAACAGUGGACCAAACACAAGGUGUCCCAGAAGUAAGUGUAAGAAUUCCCAAACUAAAAAUACCAAGAUUCACUUUCAGAACUCUUCCAAUUGAAGCUGAUGUUUUACUGUCAAAAGUAGUAACAGAUCCAAAGGGAUCUAGUACUGACAUUGAAAUAGUGCAACUGCAAGCAAGCUCUGCUAUCCCUGAAGAAACACCAGGAACUCCAGAGGGGGGUAUUCAGAAAGCAAAAAGCAAAAUUUUAAUGCUGACUGAACCUGACAUUAAAACAGCACAAAUGACAGCUACCAUAGAGUCCUCCCUUUCAAAUGCAGGGCGAGACAUUCAUUGGUCUUAUAUAGAGGGCCAAGAGGUAAGUGAGAAAGUAGAACCUGAACAUGUUGCUAUUGAGCGGUGUGAGAUUUACACUACUGAAAUACUGAAAGAAUCAGAGGUUCUGUCAUCAGAAGUCAAAACUGCUGCUUUGGGAUUCUCAUUGCUUAAGGCAAAGUUGCCUGAAUCACACAGCGAUUUAGACGUGCUGGUCCAGCAGCCAUCUCCAACGGGAGGUGAAUCAGUGAGAAAACCUACAGGCGCUGGUGAGAGCUUCGGAGUAACAGCCCAGAGAACUGGCAGUGCUGAGCUUAAACUAUCUGACAAACCACACUGUGAGUCUGAAGAAUCUAGAGGAAAAGUAAGUUUGACAAAGUUGAAAACAUCUGCUGCUGAAGUAAAGUGUUCCAGUAAACUGGAAGAGAGUUUUCCUGAUACAUCACCUCAGGGAAUAAUAGCAGCUCCCCUCUCUGAAGAUGUAGUUGAGGCAGUGGAAGGUGAAGGAAAAGACAUAACGAAUGAGAAAGAAAAGACUGAUAGUAAAAGAUCUCCUGGAAGAUUCAAAUUUUGGCUUCCAAGUAUUGGCUUUUCUUCUUCUGGGGAUGAAACAAGCACAGAUGCAAAACCAGAAAUCAAAAAAUCAGUUCCAGAAGAUGUGAAACCUGCUGACACAUCAGAUGAUUCUGCUAAGCAGGCUGAAAAAACUGGAUGGUUUAGAUUUCCCAAGCUUGGUUUCACAUCUCCUUCUAAAAAGGCUAAGUUUGUUGACAAAGAAGAGGUGGGUGAUAAAGAGGGGAGACUCUCAGAUGAAGAUAGCCCAACAGAUAAACCAGAUGUGUUUUUUGAUGCACAAGAAAGCCUAUCACCUAAAGAGAUAGGAGAAGGUGAAAAAGCUGAAAUUGAUGGGGCCUCGUCUAUUGUGACAUCUUCAGCAAGAACUGAACUAAUCUUGUUGGAGGAAGAAAAAGAUAGUAAAUCUAAUAUUGUUGGAGAUACAACCAAAUGAAGGUUGUAUUUUCUCAAUCCUCAGUGAAAACAAAAUCAUCUGUAUGUACAGAAGAGAAUGUUUUCCUGAUUUUCUAGUAACUGAAAAUUUAAACCCAAGGCUGGUAUUCAUGAAAACACUUGAACAGAAUUUACCACAUUCAGAUUUUCAAGUAUAUGUAUGUACUAGAUUGUACACUAAUAAAAAUAGUGAUUUCUUCAUAUCUACCCCAAGGGCAAAAGUGUCAGGUGCUAUUAUGACAGAGCCCAUAGUUUGAGUAAAGUCUGAGUAGAUACCAGAACCAUGAAAGUAAAUCAUUGAAAAGCUCAAUGAUAGCAAAAGACUUGUUAAAGAGGCUUCUCAAAACACACCAGUUAUAUUUAGAUUGCAGAUUAUUUCCAGAAUGGGUUCUAAACUUGUACUAUGAGAACUAUACUUACCUGUUUAGAUUUUGGAACUUUCUGAUCUAUUUUUGCUUUGUUAUUAAAAUGUUUUUCUUUAUUUCAGCUAAGGUAGUAUGUAUAUUCCACAAACACUUUAAAAUACAAAAUAAAAAUUAAAUACUAGUGUAGAGAGACUAA